AUGAUAGGAGCAUGUCUUGAAAUUCUCAAUUUUACUUGGCUCCCAAGGCUGAGGUACGUCCAGUCCGUUUUUUCAACGUUGUUCGCGGUAUUAAUAUCUGUUUUAAAGCAUGGGCCGACCUGAAUUCAACUCUCGUGGCGGCGGAGGAGGUAAUUUAUAUUUUAUAUCGAUCUUUUAGCUCUAUUUCAAAUUUUCGAUCAAUUUGUCUCUCUUGAAAAUUUUUUUUUGUUUCUCGUGAAUUUGUAAAAUUUUCCGUUUGUAAGAAACAUUUUGAAAGUCCUCAACGUGUAGAAAUUUUCAAUUUUCAAUCUCGCGUGUUAUUGAUUUUGCAUUUUAAGAGAAAUGAAGUGUGAUUUCAAAGUUAUAAAAACAUCCUUCAAAGUUUUUUUGAAACCAAACGAUGUCGAAAGCCUGCCAUAUUUGAAGUUAUUUUGAUAAUCACAAAAUUAACUCUUUAUCCUCAAAAUGAUUUCGGAAAAUAGACCAAAUUAUAAUUCUGCGUUCAAAGCUAAUUUUACGCACGUAGCAAAAAAGUUUUUCUGGUUAAAAAGAGCCGAAACGCGGCAGAUUCUCAAGGCGUGAUUGGUUGGCCCCGCAUAUCUGUCACGAAAAAUAUUUUGAAAGUAAAUAUAUAUUGGACAUGAAUUGAGUUUCAAAGGGUUACCAUUAUAAUGCAUUCACUUUUAUAGGCUUCCGAGGUGGACGUGGUGGUGAUCGCGGUGGAUUCAGAGGCGGAGACCGCGGAAGUUUCCGAGGCGGUGAUCGUGGUGGUUUCCGAGGCGGUGAUCGUGGUGGAUUCCGCGGUGGUCGCGGAGGAGAUCGCGGCGGAUUCAGAGGAGGUCGAGGCGGUUUCGGAAAUGAUCGAGGAGGCUUCCGGGGAGGAGACAGGUGCAUUAAUUAAUUACUUUACCGUUUAUUUUGUAAACUUUUUUUAUUCACUGAAAGUGUGAGAAAGUUUAUUUCUAAUGCCCUUUUUUUUUUUUUUCUAAAGCUUAUUUGACGCGCGCAGCGAAAAUGAUUUUUUGGUUCAAAAGCACGAGCCGAAACGCAGCAGAUUCCCACGACGUAAUUGGUUGGCCCGUCCAGCCGGCAAGAAAAAAAUUUUUUUGAAAAAUAAAUUUAUAUUGGAAAAAUUGCCAGAUAUGCGGGGUCAACCAAUCAAGUCGGAACCUGCUGCAUUUCGGCUCGUGGUUUUGAACUAGAAAAACUUUUUGCUGCGCGCGUCAAAUUAGCUUUGAAAGAGGCAUAAGCAUCUAUAAAUUAAAUUAGUAUUGAACGGGGCAUAAAACAGCGGAGACACAAGGUGCGAGCCCACUGUCUGAGAUAGUUUUAAUAUGUCAAAAAUCGCUUUCUGACAGUUUCUUUUAAAACAAAAAACUUUUUUUUUUCUUCUCGAACUGAUUGUGAUAAACAUUAUUCGAAGUUAAAUAACAGCUGGAAAAUCAAAAUUUCAAUUACAGUUGUUUUUCUUUUCCUAUUGUAAACCCUUGGCGCGGUAACAAAAAUAAUGGUUACAGAGGCGGCCGUGGAUUUCCAAGAGGCCGAGGUUCCCCUCGCGGUGGACGUGGAGGAGCUGGAGGAAUGAGAGGAGGAAAGACAGUCAUUGUCGAGCCCCAUCGAUUGGAAGGUGGGAUUUAUUUUCCAUCACCUCUUCUGCUGCGUCAAAGCUAAUUUCUCGAGGUUACAAGACAAAUUACGUCCCAUAAAGUACACAACUUUUCUUUUUAUUACCCAAAAACCUCGCUUGAUUACCUUAGUACGACCGGCCGCCUUGAACAUGCGUGUUGUGGGAACCUGCUGCCUUUCAAUUCGUGCCGUUGAACUAGAAAAAACUUUUUCUCAGCCGUCAGAAUAGCUUCGAAAGUGGCAUAUGGCGUAUAAAAAAAACUCCAAAUCGUUUAAAACAAUUUAGUAUUAAUUUUGCAUAUUUCAAGGUUUAUUCAAUUCAUCUAUCUUUACUACGCAAUGAGAAGAAUAGAAAAAAAAAAAUAAAACAAUAUAAAAUGAAGAAAUCACGGUUAAAAAAAAAGAUCGCGUUAAAGACCACGCCUAACAGUGGUUUGCUUCCUUCAUAGUUUCAUUUUUUUUUUUUUAGAGAAACAAGUUUUAUAUAAUUUUUCCGCUGCGCGUGUCAAAUUGUUCAGAGCUGCUUACUAUGCCAUGUUCAGAGUAAUUUCUUCGAAAUGAAAAAUCUGACUUACCAAAAUUUAGUUGUCUUUUUCUUUCUCUGACGGCUAUUUUGUUAGUGUUACACGUUUUAGUCCUAUAUAAUUUUUUUUUAAACGUUAAGUGUUAAUUUAACAAGUUUUUAGUUGUGUUUUUCGAAGCUAGCUAGAGUCGGCUCCGCCUGUGUGCGAAGCCUUCACUAAUCUAUUUUAUUUAAAAUUAUUGUAUUAUUUAAUGUGAAAAAAAAGAAAAACUUUUUUUCUAGGAAUAGUUAUCCGAUUGAAAAAAAUAAUUAAGUUUAUCUUAAAUUUUUCCUAAGUGGUCAGCGCCCAAUAAAUUUAUGAUAUUCGUACGUAUAUCGACGAGGCGGACCGAAUGGUCAUACUUUUAUGCUGAAAACCCGAAAUUUUGAUAAUGCUUUACGAGAUUGAACGACUUCGCCUUUGUAGCCGAUCGCAGAGGUAGAAAAUCUGAUUCUAUAUAGAAGUGUAAUUUCUGUUUUAUUUAUAGAUGUAAUCGGCUAGACGGUAAGCAAUAGCUCAUCAAGGCAUUUAGAAAAACCAGAUUCGAGUUAGCUCAUUAGGGUUCACACUGAUUUUUCAAGAAAUGGUUAUUAUUAACUGCUUCCAAACGUGUAUCUGAUCAAUUCUAAAAGCAAAGCAUAUCACUGUUCUCCGCGUUCUUUAUUGCGUGUUGACGAGCUCAUAAUGCGGCAGAUAUUGUAGCUGAAGGCCGUGCUCUAGUUAGAAGCCUCAAAAUGAGAGCAUCCACUCAAAGGAAAGACAUAAUAUUGAAUUUUAAAGGGAAAUGUAUUUUUCAUCAAAAAAUUUUCAGGAGUGUUUAUCGUAAAAGGAAAAGAAGACGCGCUUGCCAGUAAGAAUAUGGUUGUCGGAGAGUCUGUAUACGGCGAGAAGAGAGUUUCUGUGGAAGAUGGCGCUGGAGCUUCAAUCGAAUACCGUGUGUGGAAUCCAUUCCGUUCAAAGUUGGGUGCAUCUAUCAUGGCUGGUCUCGAAGACACGCACAUCAAGCCGGGAACUAAGCUUCUUUAUCUUGGAGCAGCCUCAGGAACGACAGUGUCUCACUGCUCUGAUGUGGUUGGACCGGUCAGUCAAAAUUAAUAAUUUAGUAUUUAAAAUUCGAAUUCUAGGAAGGUAUUGUUUACGCUGUUGAAUUCUCACAUCGCUCUGGUCGCGACCUCCUCGGAGUCGCCAAAAAAAGGCCGAAUAUUGUACCGAUUGUUGAAGACGCGAGACAUCCACACAAGUACCGCAUGUUAGUUGGUACGUGUUAAAUCAUAUUUAUAAGAUUUAAGUUCAUGGUUUAGGGAUGGUUGAUGUCAUCUUCUCGGAUGUAGCUCAGCCUGAUCAAGCGCGUAUUGUUGCCUUAAACGCUCACCACUUCUUGAGAAACGGAGGCCAUGCUGUUAUCUCUAUAAAGGCCAACUGCAUUGACAGUACUGCUGAACCUGAAGCUGUUUUUGCCGGCGAAGUAAAUAAGCUCAAGGAGGAGAAGUUCAAGCCGCGAGAACAAGUUACCCUAGAGCCCUAUGAAAGAGACCACGCUGUUGUUGUAGCCCAAUAUCGCGCUACGAAAGGCAAGAAGGCCUAAAAUCUAA